UACCAUUUUAGGCAUCAACAUGUGCUGGAGCAUUACGCAUUUAGUGCUGAUAUUGGCCCUGACUUUUAGCAUAGCCGAGGCAUCGUCGGCCUCGAACUAUGCGCGCGAUGAGAGCAACGAGGAUACUAAUACUGAAUUCAAUUUGGCCACCACAUUCAAAGGGGGAAUCACCAGCAAUCGUCAUCAUGAACGCGCUCGUCUCAACUCACAGCUGUAUCCGGAUUUGAGGCAGCAACCAGCUGCAAGUUAUCCAUACGGUGAUAUUGAUGGAGCUUCCGGUCAUGAGAGUGGGGGCAGUGGCGUCGAUCUACGUUCUGGCGCAUACGCCGUGCCUGUUCCUCAGUCCGUCGAUUAUGCUGGACAACCAGCACAACAGUUGCCCGUAGCACCACCACCACCGGCAUGCGGACGUCCUGCAACGGGUGUUUAUCCGAAUUCAGUUCCAACUGGUUGUCAACAGCCGAGCGGAGGACAGGCUGGCUAUCCAAUUCAACAAUAUCCACCUAAUCAAAAUCCACUGGCUGCGGCUCAUUCUGGAGGUAAUGCACCAAGCUAUGGUACACAUCAACCUGCCUAUCAGCCCGCACCGUCUUCACAGCCUCCACAGCCCGGUUAUGCAUAUCCCGGUCAACAUCUGCCACAAUAUCCCGUCUAUAUGCCAGGUUAUUAUCCGGGCAUGGGACCAGCAGCAAUUGGUAUGGCAGGCAACCUGCCAAUAGUUAACUACCCCGCGGGAGUAGCACCAUCAGCACCACCACCCGUCAGCUAUCAGAAUCAAUAUAACUAUGCACCGCAUCCAAGACCAGGACAAGGGGAUCAUUGGAAUCACAGAUAUAAGGUGCAAACCGAAUACACCGAGGAUGGUGUACACAAGGGACCCUUUGGCGUGCUGAACAAUCAUGGAACGCAGGGCUACGGCAGUGGCUUUAGCAGCGGCUAUAAUGGUGCCUACAGCCGGCCAGGUUACUGAAAAGGCACACGUAUAAGUUAUGGUCAUAAGUUAGGUGUAAGCUUCCUUACCUUCUUCGCCUGCUUUUCGGUGUCAGAAGGUGUCACUACGAGAGGCAGCUGCUUUGAAAAAAUAAAUAAACUUGAUUUACUCGCACACAACCAAAAA